CGUCGAUGCCCGGGGCAGUAGCGACGGCCGGGCCCCAGAUGAUGUCCUCCCAGCUUUAAGGAAGAAGUCAAGCAAGGAUUGAAGGUGUCUGGCGAGGAGCCUUGCUUAAAUGACAACAAUGACAAGAGAAAACUGGGCCCACAAUACUUUGAGACAAGAGGGGCUUUUUAAAGGGAAGGAUGAUACCUGGAAAUGGGGAACCAGCUUCCAAGGGAGCAGCUCCUCUGUCUGGGAAACUUCCCACCUGCACUUUAGGCAGUUACGUUACCAUGACACUUCUGGACCUCAUGAGGCACUGAGCCGACUCCGGGAGCUCUGUCGCAGGUGGCUGAGGCCAGAAGCACGUACCAAGGCGCAGAUACUGGAGCUUUUGGUCCUGGAGCAGUUCCUGAGCAUCCUGCCUGGCGAGAUUAGGACUUGGGUGCAGAUCCACCGCCCCGGGAAUGGCGAGGAAGCCGUGGCCCUGGUGGAGGAGCUACAGAAAGACCUUGAAGGACCAGCACUAAAACUUCCAGUCCUUGUCCAGGACCAGGACCCGCUCCAGGAAGGGAUGAGCACUCCAGGAACAGCACUUCUCCAAGCACCCAGUGAUAGUCACGUAUCAGCAGAAAUUCAUCCAAGUGUUCUCACUGACUCAUUGGUGUUCAGCCUCCAGGAUCCUCAACAUGAUCCUCCUGCCCCUGAGGCUUCUGCACUUUCUCAGGAAGAGAACCCAAGAAAUCAGUUAAUGGCACUUAUGCUGCUUACAGCCCAGCCCCAGGAGUUGGUGAUGUUUGAAGAGGUAUCAGUAUGCUUCACUUCAGAGGAAUGGGCAUGUCUGAGCCCAGUUCAGAGGGCCUUGUACUGGGAUGUCAUGCUGGAGAAUUAUGGAAAUGUGACCUCCUUAGAAUGGGAGACCAUGACCGAGAAUGAGGAGAUGGCAUCAAAGCCUAGCAUUUCUCAAAGAGCAGAUUCUCAGAAAGCAGCAUCAAAAAGGCUUCAAGGAAGUGAUCCCCAGGCCCUUCAUUUUGAGGAAGAUUGUGAAUGGGAAGUUUUGGCAAGUCAGUGGGGAAAUGAAACAGGGGAAAGAAAUGCAUUGAAGAAAGUUUCCCUUGGCGAACAAGACAAAAAAGGACUCCAUCCGAAAAAAGAGGACAAAAGUGGAAGGAAUUUAGAGAAAGUUUGACUUUUGGUUCAGCUCUUUCUGAAAAUGUAAUUGAUACUGAAGGAAAGAAGUUUUAUAAAUGUGAUAUGUGUUGUAAGC